GGCAGCGCACCAGGGACUUUCCAGCCCGGGCAAGGCGGAUGCAUUUGGCUGGGUUGCUGCAGCAGCAGUGGCGGUGGCGACGGCGGCCGGUGGCGGGUCUUUCCUCUUCUCCCCUCCCUCAGAGAGUAAGCAGGUAGGGAAGCGGGUAAAGCUGGCUGGCUGGCUGUUGCUCGCCUUCCAGCCGAGGCGGGUUCCGGAGCUCAGGGUCCCCCCAGGCGGAGAUUCAUUGCCGCUGCUGCUGCUGCUUCUUCUAGUGCUGCAUCACCCGCCCGCCAGCCAGGAUUUUGGGGAGGGGAGGGAGCCCCGGGUGCAGGACGGACGGAGCCCGCCUCCCGCCGCCGCCGGAGCUUCCAUUGAGGGAGAAGCAGCUGCCCAAGGGAUAGCUUUGUUGCCAGCACAGAAGAAGCAGGUAGUCUUGUAGAGGACGCAGCAAGAAGGUUAAAGGAGGCAACUUUUGACUACAUCGGCGCCUGGAACCAAUUCCCUGUUCAUUUUUCUGUUGCCUUUUUCUUCUCUGUUCAAACUUAGAUGUCCUUGUCCUUUCCCCCAUUCAUUAUAAAGUAUUUAUCAGUUGCAACAUGGAACCAAGCAAGAAAACAGAUCCCCCAGUGUCAGUGGAAAUGGUACAACAAAAGGCAAAUCCUGACCGCAGCCCUGUAGCAUCAAUUUAUGUGCCAGAACAAGGUGGCUACAAAGAGAAAUUUGUGAAUGCUGUGGAAGACAAGUACAAAUGUGAAAAGUGUCAUCUCAUAUUGUGCAAUCCUAGACAGACAGAAUGUGGGCAUCGGUAUUGUGAGACUUGCAUGGCAGUUUUGCUGAGUUCCACAAUUCCAAAAUGCACAGCAUGUCAAGAAACAAUAGUGAAAGAAAAGAUAUUUAAAGACAAUUGCUGUCGGAGAGAGCUUCUUGCUCUUCAGAUAUUCUGCAGAAAUGAAAAUAAAGGUUGCAGAGAACAAUUGACCUUGGGACAUUUGCUUACACAUCUGAGGAACGACUGUCUGUUUGAAGAACUUCCAUGCCCUCGUAUUGAUUGUAAAGAGAAAAUACUGAGAAGAGACUUGCCAGACCAUAUAGAAAAAACUUGUAAAUAUCGGGAAACAACAUGUAAAUACUGUAAAAGCCAAGUCCCAAUGAUUAUGAUACAGAAACAUGAAGAUGCAGACUGCCCCUGUGUUAUGGUGACAUGUCCCCAUAAAUGUAGUGUUUCAGCACUCCUGAGAAAAGAGUUGAAUGCACACUUGUCAGAAUGUAUUAAUGCCCCAAGUACCUGUAGUUUUAAGCGUUAUGGCUGCACUUUUCAGGGAACAAAUCAGCAAGUUAAAGCACAUGAAGCCACCUCAGCAGUGCAGCAUGUAGACUUAUUGAAAGAGUGGAGUAAUUGUCUAGAAAAUAAGGUGGCCAUGCUCCAGAAUGAAAGUUUGGAAAAGAACAAGAGUAUACAAACCUUACAUAAUCAAAUUUGUAGCUUUGAAAUAGAAAUUGAGAGACAGAAGGAAAUGCUGCGGAGUAAUGAAUCUAAAAUACAUCACUUACAGCGGGUGAUAGACAGCCAGGCAGAGAAGCUGAAAGAAUUGGACAAAGAGAUCCGUCCCUUCCGACAGAACUGGGAGGAAGCAGACAGCAUGAAAAGUAGUGUCGAGUCCCUGCAGAACAGAGUGACUGAGCUGGAAAGCGUUGACAAGAAUGCUGGGCAAGGAGCAAGAAAUACAGGUCUUCUAGAAUCACAGUUAUCUAGGCAUGAUCAAAUGCUGAGUGUUCACGAUAUCCGGCUGGCUGACAUGGACCUCCGAUUCCAAGUUCUGGAAACAGCCAGUUACAAUGGAAUAUUAAUCUGGAAAAUCCGAGAUUACAAACGUCGGAAGCAAGAGGCCGUCAUGGGGAAGACUUUGUCCUUGUAUAGCCAACCUUUUUAUACAGGAUACUUUGGCUAUAAGAUGUGUGCCAGAGUUUACCUCAAUGGAGAUGGGAUGGGCAAAGGGACGCACUUGUCUUUGUUCUUUGUCAUAAUGCGUGGAGAAUACGAUGCAUUGCUUCCAUGGCCAUUCAAGCAGAAAGUCACCCUUAUGCUAAUGGAUCAAGGACCUUCUCGGCGCCAUUUAGGAGAUGCUUUCAAACCAGACCCAAACAGCAGUAGCUUCAAGAAGCCCACGGGAGAAAUGAAUAUUGCUUCUGGCUGCCCAGUCUUUGUUGCGCAGACUAUUCUAGAAAAUGGAACUUAUAUUAAAGAUGAUACUAUUUUUAUUAAAGUCAUAGUGGAUACAUCGGACUUACCGGACCCCUGACACAUAACAAAAAGGCAGAAUCAACAGAAGACAAAUCCAUUUGGGGCUCUUUUUUAUAUCAAUCUGUCUUCAGUGAGAGGUCCCUAAAGCUCGGAGGGACCACCUUGUGUUAACAGAAGGAAGAGUUUGGAGGCAUAACUUGCAUAGGGUCCAAUGGCAAACGUAGCAACCCAUUAAGAAAUCAUACCAUGGUAUAUUUUCUAAUUAAAACUAGUAGGAACACUUCAAGUUCUGACAAGUCACAUAAUCCUCGUGAGGAUAAAUAUUACAGUCAGAAAAGAGCUUUUCUUAAUUUAUUGAUAAUCAGUUGGAAGAAAAAAAGACAAAGUAUCCUGUGCUGAAUAAGACAUCAGACUUUUCUUCCUUUUUUAACUAGAAAAAAGCAAAAGUUCACACUUGGGUUAGCUAGAAACUGUCAGCAUGUUAAGUUAAAAAAAAGAAGAAGAAACUAUGAAGUAAUGUUGCAGUUAAGAUAUUACUACUUUGAAAAUCUAAGUGCAAUCUUGUCUGAAAUAUAGUAUACUGUCUAUUUUUAAGGCCUCAUCUGGUCUCUGUUUUAAAAUAAUUACUUUGUCAGAAGACCUUGACAAAAUGUCUAGAUCUUCUUGAAAAGUGUCUAAAUCAGAGUCAUAUUUUUGUUUAGAGUUCUAUUAAUUGCUACAGAAAACAUUUUAUUUUAAAAUUGUUGAUAGACUGAUAUUUCUUGGAAGAAAAAAAAGAUCAAAUACAGGUUAUCACUUGUGAUAUGAAAAGAAACUAUUCAACUACUGCUGUUAUUUCUCUUUAGAAAUGUAAACCUACAAUAUAUGUCGUAGUUAAUGACACUAUUUCAAAAUUAAGGAAAAAUAAUCACUCAUGGAUGCUGUGCAUCAUUAUCAGAUUUAUAAUUUUCACCCUAAAAUAGGGCAUUUGUUGAACUUUGGAGUUCUAAACGGAAUCCUGUAUGUUUUUAAAGUUCUGCCUCAUGCGCUCAGACCAAGCUCUAUAUUAUAUAUAUAUAUAUAAUCUAUUUUUUUGCUAAAGCAUAAAUGUGCAACAUAUUUUUGGUGUUUGAGAGGAGGCGUAGUGCUGAGUAAUACCUAUAUGGGAAACCUGCUAAUUCAUCCUCCUACUUAGCAAUUGCUGCAUCUUGCAGAGGAUAUCCGUUAGGAGAAAGCAGUGUCUUAAUGGAAAGACGGUGGUUUGCAUGCAUUCAUGUGCCUUAGCUGUGAUGUGCUGCUUUAUAGCUCAUAGCUUUGUAUUCAGAUUUUAAUUUCAGAUACUCGAAAUAGUCAUUUUUAACUGGACGUUAGGCAUAAUGUGCUGUCUGGUCUGUAGAGCCCACCCAUAUUUUGCAGCAUGUGGAAAUAGAAGCAAAGAUCUGUGCUUCUGGCUUCCCAGAGAUUCCAUCAGUUCAGUGUCAUGGAAUACUACUUAUUCAGGUGCUAUCUUUUACACACAAUGCUCCUGUGGAGCUUGGACUUCUGACAGUGCCCCCUGUUUCAAGGCAGUCGGAGAACUGCUGCUUGAUGCCGUGCGGAUACGUGGCAGAGCUAACGUGGUUUCAAAUUGGCUCGAUUUUGGAAUUGUGAGGGAAUAUAUUGCUAGUACAUUCAUGAUGGUUGUUUUCUGGCAGACUGACAAACACUCCUGCAGGGAAAUCCACAGGAUCCUCCUAUUAUAAACGACUACCUGAGCUUUACUAAAGAGCAUUUUCCAGCCUUUGAAUCAUGCUGAUUGCAACCCACAGAACUUACCAACUUCUGUUUUAAUAGUCCCUCAUGUGACUAGUAAGUCUAAUGGCAUAGCUUGACUGUACAUCAACCAUGUGGGUGCUGCUUUAAUUGCAUGGGUGCUGUAUAACAUUUGAGUGCUCCCCUGGACAGAGCUGACGUGCACGUGGAAAAGGAAUUGUGUGCCCUGUUCUCUAGCCAGUCAUGUUGUCUCUGCUUAGCUUUCCACUUUGGGUCUUUAUAGCCAGAGUUCAUGUCUACGGCUCAGUUGACUUUUCAUGACUUUGUGGUUAAGUUUCUUGCUCUUGCCAUUGUCUUUUAUGGCUGUGCCUUCCCACCCAGUGCCUGCCAGAAGUAUUUUUCUGUUAAUAAAUAUACAGUGCAUGCUGAGUGAUCCUCAUGGGUUUUCCAGGCACCUGCUUGAACACUGCCGGCUUCUUGGCAGUCAAAGCAUUCAGUAGCAACACGUCUUCCUCUUCUUGCCUUCCAUUGUCCAGGUACUGUAUUCUCUCUUAUGGUACUUAGCUGUCAACUGGUACAAAUUAAUGUCAGAAGGCAUGUGUUAGAAUUUCUAGCUCCAAUAUACAAAGAGGACUUCCUGCUAAAGAUAUUAUGUAGCGCAGUUUUAGGCAGGCUGAUGCAAACCCAUAACCUUCGCUUUAGAGAAAAGAAUUAACUUGGCUUGUGAUGCUAUUCUAAUAGUCAUGAAUGUAGGCAGCUGAGCUUUUGUAUAUGCAUUACAGAAUUUUACUGAAAACAGGAUUCCCUAGUGGAAAUGUCCAAAGGGCUCACCUACCCAUUGCUACUACAUGUACCAUGAAAAGUUUUUCAAGUGUGAUCUUCUAAGAACAGUUUAUGUCCUGUUUGAAUAUGAAACUGGUAGAGAACAGUGGUUCUGAUCCUGGCCCUACACCACACAGUAUUUAGAUUUAGAUUUAUUGAUGCAGCCCUUCAGCUUAUCUGAGAUUCUGCUCCAUCUGAUAUUCCAGUACAGCGAUAGCCAAUUCUGAGACUCACCAGGUUUUGGAUUAUGACUUCCAUCACCCCAGCUACAAUAAACUGUGGCUAGGGGUAGUGGAUGUUGUAGCCUAAUAACAACUGGAGAGCCUCAGGUUGGCCAACCAGCUCACAUACUGUGUAGCACUUCGCUGAUCCCAAAGCAGCUUCUGCACCCUGAAGUUCCCAUCCUUGCUGCUAGCGAAUGUGGGGCUGUUCUGAACCUCUUAAAGAGUGUGUCAUAACUGCUGCCUCACUGUUUUAGUGCAAGUAGCAGUGCAGCAGUGAUAACGCACUUCUUAGGAGGCAUAGAAUAGUCCCUCAUUUACAAGUAGUGAGGACGGGCAGCUCAGGGGUGCAGAAGCUGUGUGUGUGCCCCAUUCUUGGAUUGUCUGGACGCUGCUCAAUAUUUAAGCUGCUGAACUCUCUCUACCAUUUUGUGUUGCAAUGCAAGUGCAUAGAAUUCAGUUUUGAAGUACAAUUCUGGUUGUCUGCCUUUGAGGACCUCUUAAAGCACAGCCCCAAUGCUGCUAUUCUUUAUUUCCCCACACUAGAUGUCCAAGUAGAUAUUGUGUGUCAGAUUUAACAAAGCACUUUAGUCUGCUACAAGUUGACUAAGAUUGCAUCAUACAUGUCUAACCUCUUUGCUAUACUUUCUUUAAGUCUCAGAUCCAAACAGGAUUAAACUGUUUCAGUGCCUAAAGAUCAAUAUGUGAUCCCUCUGCAUGACCGUAUGUGCAUUGCUUCCUUGUUGAUUCCAUUUCAGCUACUUUCUACAACAUAAUUCUUAAAAUGUUGAUGGCUUAUAUUCAGCAUUGGCUUUCAGCCUUGUACUGUAAUUUUCAUUGUUCUUGAGAAUAUAGAAUAGAAGAAAAAUAGAAAGUAAAGGUGUGGCUUUUACCGGUAACGGAAUGUAAUAGGGAUCUCUUAACCUGUAACGAUGAGAUGUGCUCCAAUUCCUUUGUAACAAUCCCCUCCACCUUGGGAAGAGAAGAACCCGAAGAUGUGGAAUGUUUGUUGUGCCUGGCUUUCAAAUACAGAUUUGGUUUAAUCAUAGACUCUGCAAACAAUUGGGAUUGUAUUGUAUAAACUACCACCAGUUUGUCCUAUUUAAAGGAGACUGAGUUUAUAAAACCUCACUUGUUUAUAUCUCUUUCCCAUCGCUGAACAGGCAUUUCACUGAUAAAUCAGCCUUUUAGGGUAUUGAUUGUUUGGUGCAUACCAGGGCUGGUAGACAGUGGUUACUACAGGGGAUGUUUCUGCAAUGUAACAGAAGUCCUAGUAACUCCUGCAGUCCUGAUGCCUUCAUACUGUAUAUACAACUAUGCAAACAUAUAAAUAGGCGGUAGGUUUAAAAAAAAAACCUGUGCAAACUUCAGUUAUGGACCUAAUAGCUUAGGUGGCAAAUGUCUAAAUUUAUUUGAGCUUGUGCACAUGCCCCCGCCCAAAGCUGCCCCCAGAGGGAAACCCCCCCCCCCACCAACUUAAUGUUGCUGGGUACAAAUAUGGUGUGAUGUGGGGAGAAAUGGCUCGUGCACAUUUUUCUUUUGAAAAGCCUUUGGGCCAAACCCCAGAAGAUUUGUUCUUGUUGUUUAAAAAAAAAAAAAACAGUUUGAUGAAGACAGCUCAUGAAGGAAACCUUCAGAAAACUGGGGUGCCUCUAUGGAUUAUGCAUGUACACCUGCCUGGUAUUCUGUGGUCUGAAGGAACAAAACUGAAGCUUUAAAAACAAACUCCAGUCACUAAAUCCGCCCUUCUGUAAUAAUAUAAUCAGCCCUCUCCCUCACCUCUUGCUGUGAAGGUGAUGGGCUAAUGGAUGUUAUCAAGCUGUCGUAAUUAUGUUGGCGCUGAAAGCUCAGAACAUGGAAAUUCAGCUUUGCCUGGGCUGAAGAAGCAGCUUGCUGCUUCUCUGAAAAAAUCAUAUGUGAAAAUCUUUGGAGCGCUGCAGAGCUAGAACAAAGAGAUGGAUAGAGAUCAUAAUGGAGAACAGGGGCAAGGAGAAAAAAUGCUUAAAUUGACAGAAAGUGUAUAUGAAUGUCUACCAGCUUCCACAGUUGACUGUGUUUAGUACUUCCCACUGUUGUCAAUCCAAAAACUAGUUCUUAAAGCCAAUGAAUCUUGGAUUUCAAUCUAUUUAAAAUAGUACUUCUUGGUGCUUGGUGCAUCUUUCGUUUGUGCACUGCUUUACAAAUGUCAGUCAAGCCUCAAAAUAAGGAUUGCUUAUUUAUGUAGAAACUGAGAUUGAAUGUUACAUGGAGGAAUAGUCAGUGUUGGUGCUACAUAGGAUACACAGGCUCUUACCUCCUUGUGCUACUUUCAGGCCACUGAAGCAUACUUUUUUAUCUCUAUCUCAUAAAGAGGAGGGACAAGGAAUCUGCUUUACAGAUUUUUCAAGCCUAUAACUGACAUAUCAGCUGUCAUGCUUUGGAAACAUAUUUGUGAUAACUCAAAUGUCCAUGUUAUAGUGUCCCUUUGCUCUUUGGAUGAUAAGAUUGAUGGGAAGAUCAAUGUGCAUCUUCCCAAGUGUGCCCAUAAAGAUAACCUGUGUCUUGGUUUUAUAAGAUCUUCUGAUACAGCAAUUUACAUAUUAUUUUGGGGUUGUUUUUUUUGUUUUAAAGGAUUAUGUUUUUAAGGGCUUUAUUGGACAAGGAGAAUUAAAAAUAUUUUUAAGUGCAUGACCUAAUUCUGGUUCUGUCUACUUUUGCACUGUGAACAUUUUAAUUAUGUAUUUUAAACAAAAAAUAUAUAUACUGAGGGCUUAACUGUUACUUCCUGCCUUUAUAAACCAAGGGUCACUUCCAGCAUAACAUUCUUGCAUCUAUGGCAUAGCUCCUGAAAUUAUUCCGAAGGAAUAUGUACAUGAGCACCAUGCAAACUAUUUGGUAAGAAUGGGUCAUCCACCAAAUUUCCUCAUAAACUGCUUGUGUGAACUGCUGAGUCUGAAGCUCCAUUCUUGACUCACUGAGCAAGUUGUGUGUGAGUGGCCCAUUCUGAGAAAAUGUGACCCAUGUAUGCACCCAUGAAAUUAUUUUGAGAGCCAUCCCAUGGCUGCAAGGUCUUAGGCCGGAACUGACCCCUUGUCUUUGAGACCAGUGCUAGGUGGAAGAAAGCCAAUAUUUGCAGAUGCAGAUUAGGGACAUCUUUUCUUGUUUUGAAACAGUGACGCAUCACAAAAAAAGAUGUAUCGAAGCCUAAAUUAUCUUCUAGUGUAUUGGCAAGACUCUGUAGUUUGUCUUUCACUCCAUGGUAGUUUUACACUCUGAUCCUAAGCAUUUGCUUGCAGUUCUGGCAUAAAGUUGUGUUUGUGGCUUGCUGGAAGAACUGUUGGUACCUGCCAUUCCAAUAAUUGAUUUGCAUGGCAUAUCAAGGUAUAUGUGUGGCAUAUCAAAGCUUAGGAUCAUGGAGUAGUAUCUGUAUUAGGUGAUGUUUUACUUAUUUAUUUGGGUUCAUGCUAACAUUUUACAGAUAUGUAGCUUGAACCAGAAUCCCUGGCCUAAAAUCCCAUAAUGCAUUUUAACUUCAGAUCUGGAUUUACCCCAACUCUGCUAGUAAAGAAUAUUCCCAUUAAGGGACCAAGAGGUGGUUUUUGUCCUUUAGAAUGAAGCUGUAACUUCACUUCCCAGUUCUGCAAGGAUUGUAACUUCUUAGCAAUACCAGUAUUGGCUGUAAACUGCUUGGUAAACUGGAUAUUUGAGAUUCUGUCAUAAAGGAUCUCAUUUCCUGCAGAGAAUUUUCUGAGAUUUAAAUUGAGCAGUUGUGGGCAAAACAAUAUAUUGUCCAACUAUGUCCUGUUCCACUGGCAGAGUGCUGAAUUUUUGGUACGUAUAGAAUGGGGAAAAUUCAUGCUUCUACCAUUGCCAAGACAUUGAACCAUUCACAGUGUUAUUUUCCGUGUAGCUCUCUAGAAUGUAUAUCUUAUGAAUUUUGUAAGAAUAUAGGAGAAGAUGUACAUUUUUUUUACUAUGAUCUAAAAGCUCCAGUGAUUUAGAGAUAAAUAGGGGAUGUUAGGGACACCCCAUGUCGAAGAGUUGGACUAUUAAUCCAUUCUUCUUUAGGACAAGUAGGAUAACCUUUAACAUCCAUAAAAUGCCAUUAAUUGAAUGAGCUGGAAAAAAAUGGGCAUCCUUUUCCAAGAAGAAAUAUCUGUUGAAAAUAUAUCAGUAAUCAUGAACUAUGUACAAAUCAGUCUGUAUAAACUUGUGACUUAUUUUUAUUUCGUAUUCUUUGGUAAAAGGUACAUUGGUUGUGUUCAGUUUUCUGAUCCAGAAACAAAGACCAAAGAAGGCCAACCUCAUUUGACUGUGUAUAUUCUGCCUGUCUUAAUUAUUGAUAGCUAUAAAGGAUACAGUGCAAGUAAGUGAAUCUGGUAAUUAAUGGUUUUUGUAUUUUUUUUUUAAGGAAAGGAAACUUUAAAGUGUAUAAUUUAUUGCUCAGCAAUACCCAUGUUGUUAAUAAAUAUUAGCAACGUGUCCUAAUUUCCCAAUAGCAUUAUUCUAUGUUGUCUUUUAGUUUGUUGUAUUGUUAUUUGGUAUUUAUUUGUGUUUGAAGGUCUUGCUAUGUCUUGUGUUUUGAUGCUAAUAAACGAGAACAGUGUGUAGAAUGCAAAACUUUGAAAUGCUGAACUGUAUUAAAGGAAAAAAUAAACCUAAGUAGGAAGUCA